AUGGCGUGCCUCGCACGAGCUAAGCUCCGCUAUGAGCGCAAUGACGAAUUUAUUACGGUUAUGCUUGUGGCCGUCUUGUGCGCUUUGGCCGGAGAGGAGGACUUGGUUCUCGUGUUGAGCUUGCUUGGCCUAGUCCAACUGGAGGCCUACGAAGAGCUGAUAGCACCCACGAUCCUCGAGGGUGUGUACCCGACGUACAACCUCUUCAAUGCCACUGGGGGCAUGGACUUCAAGGAGCUAUUUCAACGCAUAUGGGGUGUGUUCGAGAGCAUCCGUGCAGUAGAUAGGGACAUGGGUGUGUGUGCGUUGGUGCUACUGCUGUGUUCAGAUCUCCGCUCCCACGCCCUCCACCAGCCCGCCCUCCCGGAACAGUCCCGCCAACCCCGCCCCCAGCCGCCCGGGUAUGUUGGGCCUGAUGCCCUCCGCCAACCCGUCCUCCCGCAGUUUGUGCCCCGAAACCCGGGAGAGACGGUGGGGGGGCUACCCCCACCGCGGGAGGAACCGACGCCGCAGCUGGUCCUGGAGCAGAAGCUGGCGCAGCAGGUGGUGGCGGAGGAGGUGCUGGGGCUGAAGCCGGACCCCCCCCCGACGGGUGGAGGUUGAAGUGGCCCAGAAGCAUUUGCAACAUGGCGUUGCUUUGUUCGGUCGUCUGCAAACUUUGCUGGGCAACCUCGUGACUGCGCUGCGCAAGUUGAGUGUUGUGCUCGACCCGCGCGGCGAGGGCGGGGUCGACUGCAGCGGACGCGUGUUGGGGAGGGUGGCUGGGUUUGUUGAUGACGUGGUUCACCGCCUUCUUCAGCAUGCUCUUAAGGUCAUCCGAAUCACCUGGAGGGUUGCGAUACGUCUCCUUCCGCAUGCCUCCCCCACCCUUCGCGGACCGCUG